AUGACAGAUAACCCCGAAAUUGCCAUUGUCGGCGGCGGCAUCGUCGGCCUCGUCUUGGCCGCGGGCCUCACCCACCGUGGUGUACAAGUCAAACUCUACGAACAAGCGCGCAACUUCCGUGAGAUCGGCGCCGGUAUCGGCUUCACGCGCAAUACUGUCCAGUGCAUGGAGAAGAUCAACCCAGGUAUUGUGCGUGCGCUGCGGUCUGGGGGCGCGGUCAACGUGUCGCUGGAUCAGACGGACCCGAAAUCGUACCUGCGCUGGAUCAACGGGUAUGGGCUUCAGCGCGAAGACGACCCCAUGUACCAGGCGCCGUUGCUGAGAUUGGAUGCCGGCGUCAAGGGGUGGGAGACCGUACGUCGUGAUCAGUUUCUAGAUGACUUGGUCAAGGAGAUUCCCAAGGGAGUGAUCCACCUGCAAAAAAGACUGGAAAUGAUUGUGGACGAAGAAGAUCGGGAUAAGGUCGUGCUGCAGUUUACCGACGGGACUAGUGUGGAGGCCGAUGCGGUAAUCGCCGCCGACGGUAUCAAGUCCACCGCGCGGAAAAUCCUCCUCGGCGCAGAUAACCCCGCCUCAUACCCCCAGUACACCCACAAAGUUGCCUAUCGUGCACUCAUCCCCAAGGACAAAGUCAUCGCCGCCAUCGGAGAGUACAAGACUCACAAACAGCAGAUGCACGUUGGCCCAAACGCGCAUCUGAUUCACUACCCGGUCAAUACGAACACUAUCGGCGCAACGGUGGUCGUCUCCGACCCCAAUGACUGGCCACUCGAUAAGCCCGCCACCGCCCGCGGAUCCUGUAAAGCUGUCUCAGAAGCCCUGGCAAACUGGAGUCUCCCGGUCCGCAAUCUGGUAGAUCUAUUCCCUGAAGAGCUUGACCAGUGGGCCCUCUUUGACCUUGCGGAAUACCCUGUGCUGAAGUACAACAAAGGGCGAGUCUGUCUCGUUGGCGAUGCAGCGCACGCAUCCAGCCCACACCAUGGGGCCGGCGCGUCUUUCGGGGUGGAGGAUGCGCUGUGUCUGUGUACCAUGAUCCCAGAGCUGACAGGUCCAUCAGCUCGGGAGGCAGCCGUGUCGCAAGGCGAUGCACUCCGCGCUGCAUUCGAGACAUAUGAUAAGAUCCGCCGGACGCGGACGCAAUGGCUUGUGAAUAGCAGUCGGCGGAAUCAUGCUUCCGAGGAAGUUAAGGAUCGAUCGUUCAAGAUCUGGCAUUUUGAUUCGGGGAAGAUGGUGGAGGAUACUAUUCAUGAUUACCGGGAGAGAAUCAGAACCUGGAAGAAGACGAAGGGGGAGAACGGAGUCAAUGGCAAAGAUACUCCCAAUGCUUCUCAGGAGCCGGAGUGGCUCUUUGCGGCUUGA